AUGACGCUCUUCACCAUCGAGAAAAUUACCGAGAAGGCUCCCCAUCGACCGGCCACUACGGCUUAUCACCCCCAGCGAUUCCAGCCAUAUCACCCGUACCCUACUCUCAGUAGUGAUGCUAAGUUUCCUAGUUUUCACGGUGAUUUAGCUCAUCACCAAGUUCCUGGAUUGAUGGAUGGGAGAGAUGGCUUGAAUUCAACGGGUGGAAGUCCAUCUAGCCCUGAUGGACUCAGCAAUGUUAGUAGUUCACCUGAACCAGAACCAACGUCAUCCCUCAAGUCUGAAGAGAAACAGAAAGCAAAAUCAGAUAAGGACAGUAAGCCUGCUCAUUCCUACAUCGCUUUGAUUGCCAUGGCAAUCCUUGCAUCCAAAGAGAAACGUCUUCUUCUUUGUGAUAUCUACCAAUUCAUCCAAGAGAACUUCCCCUACUACCGAAACAACGACCGCAGCUGGAGAAACAGCAUCAGACAUAACCUCUCUCUGAACGAGUGUUUCAUCAAGUACGGACGCAGCGGUGACGGCAGAGGGAACUUCUGGGCGAUUCACCCCGCAAAUGUUGAUGAUUUCUCCCGUGGUGAUUUUCAUCGAAGACGCGCUCGUCGUCGAGUUCGUGCUAGUGACAUUAUGGCACAUGGCUACUCUAUGUAUCAUCCAUACAGUACACCAUCUUAUCCUGUUGCUCCUCUUGGGUUUGUACCAAUGACUGUAACCACACUACCAUCCUACACACACCCAGGUGCACCCAGUAUGUACCCAGCGAGUUCCUCAUUAUAUCCAUCUGUAGCACCAAUGAGUUACCCAGUCUCGGCUCAACCGACACCCAGUAGUACACCAAGCAGAGCAUCUACAAGCCCAUUAUCAGUUCACAUUGACCGACCGUCUCCUCCUCAGCUCAGUGUCCUACCUCCUCGUGACCUUUCACCCACCUAUGAUGCAGUAAGACUCAGCCCACCCUCUUACCAUCUAUCAUUACCUGGGUACCCAUUCUCUCCGGUCCAGUAUGGUCCUCCCACCUCUUCAGUAACCACGCCCCUAUCUGGGUUUCCUCCAACUACCCUAGGACUCACUUACCCAGCAGGUUAUUGUUAUCCUACUAUGACGUCAGCGGCUACAACAUCGUUUGGUAGUUACCAUAGUAACACAUCUUCAAUGAGAUAA